ACCAAAACAAUCCACCCCGGCGUCCAUCUUGAAUACAGUAAGCCAACGGUGACUGACAGCAACGGAGAGGGUAUUCGCGAUAAACUGAGUUCCGACCGCUCGGAAAAGUCAACCGACCGCGAACGCCGGGACAAUACGUAUCGAAGGAUUAGGUUUAGCGACGUUAUUUGUCAAUUCGUUAUUUCGUUUCAUUUUGGCGUCAUAUUCCUGACGGGGCUGAUGAAGUUAUUUCGGAGGCUGUACGUGCUAAGCUUUAUUCAGCCGUCGACAUGUCUUAGUUUAAGACGUCUGUUUGUUUUAACUACCUACCUUAGCAGUUCUGGAGAAGAGUUGUGAGCUCGGCAGUUGCAGGUUUGAGUCGCUAACAUCAGUAGGGAAUGUGCAUAUAGCGCGUUUGGCCAUAUUUAAGUCCUUCACUGUCAACUUGAGCUCGCGCGUGCGCUGAAUCGUGCGCGUGACCCCAUUUAUUUCACUUUAUCUACGAUCUGUUGUACUACACAUAUUGUAUGUAGGCGCAAAGCGAAGUGAGCGUGAUGUGGAAACAUCGCUUAGGGAUGUUAAUUCCAUUUUCAUCCCCGUAAAUGUGCAUGCGUUAAGCGUACUGCCAUAGACAUUUCGGGAGGUUUGGGAGCAUUGCUCUGCUUGAAAUGUUCGUUCCUUUGCAUUAAUAGCUAAUAUUUAACUGUAUAUUUUAUGGCGGGUUCUAUGCAUGCUGUUCAGUUGUUCUGGUCACCGGGGUUGGGAGCUGGCCCAUUUGCUGAACGAGUUUAUUGAACGGAGGUUCGUUUAUUCUGAGCGCGCGGCAGGGCAACAUUGCAUAGAUAUAGUAUUCGUACGCGUUGGAAUUUCCUCGUUUUUGAUAUGGGUUUUAAAGCAAACUGCACGGACAGUCACAUAUUACUUUAUUUUUAAAAGCUCGUCUGCUUCGAAUGAACUAUAUCACCAGUGGACACUUUAAUGUCGUUUCUAAACCGACGAAUCAGAGGACUAUAAGCUGGCAUUGGAUUUGUGCACUGCCAUAUAUCACUGACUCGGUGACAUGGAUGUGUUUCACUGACUGCCGAUCAGUGGUUCGGGGAGGAACUUGAAUGCAAAGACUUUUGGAUUUUGUAGGACAAGACAGUAGAUUGAAAAAAUGGGACCUGCAACAAAGCUGGCUUUUGGAGUGUUCCUCAUUUCCUGCUCCUCAGGUGCCAUUCUCGGCCGAUCAGAGACACAAGAGUGUGUGUUCUACAACUACAACCCCAGCUCAGAGAACCGAGGAAAUCGCAGCGGUAUCGAGUCUUGCGUGGGUGAGAAGGACAAGAGGCUUCAUUGCUUUGCAACUUGGCGAAAUGUGUCAGGAUCGGUUGAAAUAGUAAAGCAAGGCUGCUGGCUUGAUGAUGUCAACUGCUAUGACAGCACUGAGUGUGUUGAGAAGAAGGAGGACCCGGAUGUGUUCUUCUGCUGCUGCGAGGGCAACAUGUGCAACGAGAAAUUCUUCUAUAACCCUGACAUGCCGCCAGUUAAGAGUAAGGCUACCCUCAGCGACACAAACAGCAAAGUCUUUAAGGCAACAUCUAACCCCUUCACCCAGAAGCCACCACUCUUCAGUACCCUUCUAUACUCCAUCGUGCCCAUCAUGGGCAUCACGGCCAUUGUCCUGCUCUCCUUCUGGAUGUAUCGACAUCACAAGCUGGCGUAUCCACCUGUUCUGGUGCCUACCCAGCACGCCUUUCAUAUAAUGAUAGAGGACCCUGGACCAAUGCCGCCGUCUCCCACCCUGGUCCAAAAGCCUCUGCAGUUGUUGGAAAUCAAAGCUAGGGGCCGCUUUGGUUGUGUGUGGAAGGCUCAGCUGCUCAAUGACUAUGUGGCGGUGAAGAUUUUCCCCAUUCAGGACAAGCUGUCAUGGCAGAAUGAGUAUGACAUUUACAAUCUCCCCGGCAUGAGACAUGAAAAUGUUCUGCAGUUCAUCGGGGCAGAGAAAAGAGGAAGCAACCUGGACAUUGAGCUGUGGCUCAUCACGGCUUACCAUGAGAAGGGCUCCCUGACGGACUACCUAAAGGCAAACGUAGUGACGUGGAAUGAGCUGUGUCACAUCGCUCAAACCAUGGCUCGUGGCCUGGCUUACCUACACUCUGACUUCCCCGGACACAGAGACGGCCACAAACCAGCCAUCGCACACAGAGAUAUUAAGAGCAAGAAUGUGCUGCUGAAGUCUAACCUGACGGCAUGUAUAGCUGACUUUGGUCUGGCUUUGAGGUUUGAGGCAGGAAAGUCAGCUGGGGACACACAUGGGCAAGUGGGAACCAGACGUUACAUGGCCCCGGAGGUGUUGGAAGGGGCCAUCAACUUCCAGCGAGAUGCUUUCCUCAGGAUAGACAUGUAUGCGGUAGGACUGGUGCUUUGGGAGCUGGCGGCCCGUUGCACUGCGUCUGAUGGUCCAGUGGACGAGUACAUGCUUCCGUUUGAGGAGGAGGUGGGCCAGCACCCCACACUAGAGGACAUGCAGGAGGUGGUGGUCCACAAAAAACUUCGGCCCACUCUCAGGGAGUGCUGGCAGAAACAUCUGGGUCUGGCCAUGCUGUGCGAGACUAUAGAAGAGUGUUGGGACCACGAGGCCGAGGCGCGUCUCUCCGCGGGAUGCGUCGAGGAACGUGUGAUCCAAAUGCAGCGGCAGACCAGCGUCUCCGCCCCAGAGGAAAUAGUCACCGUUGUAACAAUGGUGACCAACGUGGACUAUCCCCCCAAGGAGUCCAGCCUAUGACUAGAGGAUAUCAGCAUGUGAAUUGCGGGCUGACCGAACAGAAAAGACUCGUCGGGGAUGGUGGUGGACCGCUGUUCUGACGGCUGGCUUCAGACAUGCUGGAUAAUCUUCCUGUACUUAACGGCUGGAGCAAAUGCAGACAAUGCAUUUUGUGCCGAAUCUGGGUUUAAUACAGGUUUACCCAGAGCCAGCGACGUUAUUGUAUGUGUUGUGUAUAUAUAAACUAGUACCACGGGGCACUCUGGUGAGGACGGAUGGAUUAUAAGCCGACGUCGAAAACCAACCUCUUUGUUGUCGAGAAUAAACUUUCCCAUUCGAGGGGGAAACGAGACUCCUCCUCCGCACGGCGCUCGUGUCAUUUCAGUAUAAAAAAGGGCAACGUCCAUGUAAAAAAAAAACAAAAAAACAAAAAAGACACAUUUAAUGUGUUCGUAUGAAUGACUAUUGUAAUGCCAAUAAGAAACAGCUUUUUGAAUGUGUAGUGUGACGCUGCUGUACAGAUAUCAACAGAAAGGGUGACGAUACGACCCAAAUCAACACGUGUUUCCUCUGAAAGCUUUCAGAGUUUCUGUCAGAUAACCACCAACCUCUCGACAAGGUAUACCUCAGUUUCUCAUCCUAAUAAUAAGUUUGUUUUGUAACACUAUAUGAUAUAAAAAAAGAGGCUUUUCGAUGACCUCCAUUUGGCACGGAAGCUUUUUAAAUACGGGGAAAACUUUUUUUAUAUGACAGAUUAUGCCAAGAAACGAUGGCCAUUCAUAAACCAGUGUUCUGCCUUCUUUCUUUUAGUUGUUCUCUGUGUUGCCCUGCUGUUUAAAAUGUGAUACUUUUGUUGUUUUUUUUAGCAUUGUGAACCGUUUGUUUGUUAAAACAAAUUUUGACCUUUAUCGAGACCUGUUGAGAAGAAAAAAAUCCCUGACAAUAUGAAUUUUGUGAACAUAAUACAGAAGCACUUACCAAUAUAGGUUUGCGGUGUCCUCACAACAUUGACGUAUGUGCAUGCCUUGUUUUCUUUUCUUUUUUUUUUUUUUUUUGGUUCAUUUUUUCAUUUUCUUAGCUUUUCAAACCUUUAUCACACGAAGCUUGUACAUGAGAUCCCGUUAGCAGUCAUGGAAACCCCUUUAUUAUUGGUUGAUCUGAAGUAUUUCCUGUUUUCAGGGCGUCACUCUUUGUUUAAGUUCCAUUUGGAAUCAUUGAAUCUUGGUCUUCUACGGUCUCCUCGCUGUCCGCUUCUGUCGCGCUGCGAGUAGAAGACCACCCUUGUGCGCUGCGUUUGAACCAGCCUCCUCAUGAAGCCCGACCUCACGAGUGACGCGUCGAACUGGUUUCAGAUCAGCAGCCAGGUGACCUUCUACACACUUCUACAAGAACUGUAUCUCAGUAUGUCUCAGGAAGCGUUUCCCUUUGCUUUGAGCCCUCUGGUGCCAUUCUGGUGACCCUUGUUGUAUUAUGUAUGCAAGGGCCCUUAAUAUAACACCUUAUUAGUGUGGUCAUAUUAUGUGCAAUAACAUCCUAAGCAGGUACUGUUUCACAGCUCACAGGCCACUUCCAGUGUGGUAAAAAUCCAAGCGCCUAGCAGUUUGCUUAGACCAUAAUGUACAUCACAAAGUGAAGUCGACGUCAGGCUAUGCAUAUGUUAUGAUGCCCGGUUGUCUGAGAGUAUUAAGCUAAUAAAAUGCUGUAAUGGGGACCGAACACAUGCAGUAACUCUUUGCCAAGAGGCUGACAGAGUCUUUUAAAAGAACAGCUUCUCUGCUGCUGCUCUUUUGGCUUCAUUCACACUGCACUUGAAUCCAAUUUGAUUUUCAAACCCGAUCUUUAAAAUCAUUUCGCCAGAAAUCAGCUUUUUGGACAGUGUAGUCAAUAGCCAUUCCAGAUAACAAAAAACUGCUUGAGAUCUGAUCAGACCGUUCACACUGAAAAUACCACAUAUUUAUUUGAUUUAAAUCUGGUUUGUAAAAAAUCUGAUCUUUUUUUUUUUUUUUUUUAAAUCCCUUUCUGACUAUAAACUGAUUUUGUAUCAGAGGCUAAAUUGGAUUUCUGCUGCCUGUCUGAACAAGUCCUGAAAUACGAUUCUCUGUAGUUAAUUUAGCUUUUAAUAUUGCAUCCCAAAAAGGGUGGAAAAAAAUGAAUCAAUUCAGGCACAUUUUUGAACACAUUUCUGAAAAUCAGAGUUUAAUCUGAUUUAAAACGACAUAUUAUUGUUAUUUUUGUCAGGUUUGUAAAAAUGUUUUUCUGUUCAGACUACAAACAGCUAAACUGAUUUGAAUCUAACAAUGAAUCAAAAUUAAAAAAAAAAAAAAAAAAAAAAAAGAUUUCAAUCUGAUUUCCAUCCAUCUUUGUCUGUGUUUUGUAAUCAUAGCAUUUGAUGUUUUGAUCCAUUUAGACUACAGUUCUAAACUGAUUUAAGUCUGAUACAAAAUCUGAUUUCUGUUGCCUGUCUGAACAGAUGGUAAAAUAUGAUUCAGUGGCUCACUUUGGUUCAUUUUGUUUUCACAGUUCUUUUACAAUGUGAUGCAUUUGACAAUGUUCAGGUCCAUACAAUCGUAUGCAAUCAAGCCCUUUCAAUGAAAGCUCUCUAUCUCUCUCUACUGUAGCAUUCUCAGCCAGCUCGUUCUGUUUGACUUCAUCUGAUGGUAAACUAAUACAGGGGCCUGUGCAAUCUUUUUAAGGCCCUUAGUUGGACUCUGUAGAUGCACAAGUCAUUGCAUUGAAGGUCAAUUGGUUAUAACAUCAAGCUGAAGUACCUGGUUCAUUUGCAGGAUGAGCGCUUUGGUCUGAGAGCAUCUCCUUGAGGUUCUUGUGAUUCACUUUUGACUAAACACUACAGAUGAUUCAAUAAGCUGAGUGACUGCUGCUGGCCUGUAAAGUGUUUUCACCAGGUGCUGUCCUGUUCCCUGUCUGUUUUUGGUUUUCUAUUUGGGGAAUCUGGGGGUGGGAGGGUGGAAAGCCAAACUUUAAAAGCCCCAUGUUUAGUAGAAGACUUGGAUGAUAAUGCACCGUAUGUACAUAUGAAUGUUGUUUUAGAUUGUGAAAAGAGCAUGCAUUUUUAAUGUCUCAAAGAAAAAAAUCCUUUAUUGAUAUUAUUAUUAUUAUUAUUAUUAUUAUUAUUAUUAAAUAUUUUAAUGUUAAUUUUGUACAUCUGUAUUUUAGUUUUAAUAAUUUAUAUCAUGGCCCAACUGUCAUUCUUCUUUUCUGGAUUAAUGAGAAGUGAUGCUAUUUUUAAAACUGGUCAGAUAAAACACUACUAAAGAAUCAAUCCUUUACCUCAGACUUCCACUCACAGAGUUCAAAAGAUUGAACAAACAGUGUAGCACGACAGACAACAUGGUGCAGCGUCGCAAGUAUUGCUCCUGGGAUUCGACCAGCAGCUUCUCUCUCUGUCUUUUUUUUCUCAGACACGCUUUUUCGGUCUUCGUGACCAUGUCUCUUCUCAACUACACCAUUGAGUGAAUGUCUUCACUUUACCAAAACUCUCCAUUUUAGGUGCGAGCAGCUGUAUUACUGUUGUGCUGGACAUGCCAUUUUUGUCCACCUUUCUCUCGAGUAUUUAACGCAUUCAGGGCCUGAUCAGACGUAAUUGUUACAUAAUGUACAGAUGAAAUUUUAUGCUACUCUUCCCCUCAAAUAAAGUAUAGUGACUGCUCUCAAA